AUGGAAGCCAGAAGUAGCCCCCAGCUCCUGGUGUCACUGAUGUUUCUUAGUGUCCUCUGCUCACAAACACUGGCAUUACCUUUUGGAACCUAUUCUAUCAUGAGCAGGUUGGGCAAUGGUUUACUGUUUGAUGGCCCUAAUGAACCUGAUCAAAAUUUAGGCUUCUUAAGGGUGGAAAAUGAUAAUCUGGAAAGUUCAUUACCUGAAAAUGACUUGUCUUUUUUUGAUGCAUCUAGACCCAUGAACAGAAACAGCAGACAUGCUGAUGGACUUUUCACCAGUGACUAUAGCAAACUCUUGAGUCAACUUUCUGCCAAAAAAUACCUUGAGUCUAUUAUUGGCAAAAGAGUUAGCGAUAACCUUGAAAAAGGAAAUAGUCUACUUAAGCGCCACUCUGAUGCAGUCUUCACUGACGGUUACACCCGUCUCCUAAAGCAGAUGGCAAUGAGGAAAUAUCUAGAUUCAAUUUUGAAUGGAAAGAGAAGUGAUGAAGAUUUGCUCAAAUCUGAAAAUGCAGAAGUGAAUGAUCCUAACUCACUUGCCUGA